AUGUUCGGCUAUGAUGACUCCUACGGCUAUUCGACUGCACUGCUUGCGGUCGCCCCUUAUGCAACACAACUGGCUUUGGCUCCCAUCACAUGGAUCUUCUUCUUCCCAUUAUUCGCUCUACCUGCCAUCUCAUUAAUGCUGUCCGUCGGUAGCCUAUCCACUCAUGGACCAGUGCUCACCUACAAACGAUUGGCUCCUAUUGCUUCCGGUAAUUUCCUUUUUCGCUUCAUUGCCUUCGAUUUAUCAAUCUACUGA